AUGCAAGAAACAGCAGCGGGUACAGAGAGCCCAGUCCCUUCCCCACAGAGCCCCUCAGAGAGCAGCCAGGCCCUGCUGGACAUGGCCGAGCUCAUCACAAAUGAGAUCCUGAGGAAGGCUGAGCUUGAGAUCCAGGGAUCUGAGCAGCAGGUGAUGGAACAGGGAGACCAAGAAGAAAGCACAGCCACAGAAAUGCAAGAAACAGCAGGAGGGACAGAGAGCCCAGUCCCUGCCCCACAGAGCCCCUCAGAGGGGAGCCAGGCCGUGCUGGACAUACCUGAGAUCAUCACCACUGAGAUCCUCAGUGAGACUGAGCCUGUGAUCCAGGCACCUGAGCAGCAGGUGAUGGAACAGGGAGACCAAGAAGAAAGCACAGCUGCAGAAAUGCAAGAAACAGCAGGAGGGACUGAGAGCCCACUCCCUGCCCCACAGAGCCCCUCAGAGGGCAGCCAGGCUGUGGUGGACAUGGCCGAGCUCAUCACUACUGAGAUCCUGAGAAAGGCUGAGCUUGAGAUCCAGAGAUCCAACCAGGAGCUGGAGGAACAGGGAGACCUGGAACAAAGCACAGCUGCAGACUUGGAAACAGUUCCAGCAGAAGAAAGCAGAGAGAGCCUGAGCCCGGUCCCUGCCCCACAGAGCCCCUCAGAGGGCAGCCAGGCCCUGCUGGACACAGACCAGUCCAGCAGCAGUGAAUUCCUCAGCAAGGCUAAGCUGAAGAUCCAGGGAUCCGGCCGCGAGCGGGAGGAACAGGGAGACCUGGAACAAAGCACAGACACAGAAACAGGAACAGCAAUUACAGCAGAUGGGGAAGAGAGCCCAGUCCCUGCCCCACAGAGCCCCUGCAGCCCCAGCUCCUCAGCUCCCAGCCUGGAAGACCAGGCUGUCAGGGAGCAGCAGGAGGAGGCAGAGAGGGGGUCAUUCCUGUCAGGGCAAGACACCGAGGAGGGGGCCAUAGAGGGCCAAGACUGGAAAUACCACGUUGACCAAGAGAUUUUCCAGUGGGAGGAUGAGGCAGACCAAGAGCUGUCCCCAGAAGAAACGAAAACCUCCCAAGAAGUGUCCCAAGGGGAAGAGCGCAGGGAGCAGGAGCUGUCCCCUGGAGCAGGCAAGAGCUACCAGGAACUGUCCGACUGGGACGGAUACAGCGAGGAAGAGGAGCCCCAAGGAGAAGGGAAGAGCUACCAGGAAGUGUCUGACUGGGAAGAAAACCUCAAGCAAGAAAAGAGAAGCUGCCCAGAAGUGUCCGACUGGGAAGAACACAGCGAGGAGAAACUGCCCCACGAAGGAGCGAAGAGCUACCAAGAGGUGUCCGACUGGGAAGAAAACCUGGAGCAAGAGCAGUCCCAGGGAGAAUCCAAGAGAUGCCAAGAUGAAGUGUCGGACUGGGAAGAAAACCUGGAGCAAGAGCAGCGGCAAGGACAGGUGAGAAGCUUCCAAGAAGUGUCCGACUGGGAAGACUACACGGAGGAAGAGCAGUCCCCAGCAGAAGUGAAGAGCUACCAGGAAGUGUCGGACUGGGAAGAAAACCUCAAGCAAGCACAGUCCCAGGGAGAAUCCAAGAGAUGCCAAGAAGUGUCCGACUGGGAAGAAUUCUUUGAGGAAGAGCAGUCCCCAGCAGAACUAAAGAGCUACCAGGAAGUGUCCGACUGGGAAGAAAACCUGAAGCAAGAGCAGUGGCAAGAAGAGAAGAAGUACGAAGAACUGGCUGACUGGGAAGAGCUGUCUGACAGCACGGAAGAGCUGUCCCAUGGAGAAGGGAAGAUCUCCCAAGGACCAUCCAAGCGGGAAGAAUCCAGCGAGGAAGAGCAGUCCCCAGGGAGUAGCAGUGGCUACCCAGAACUGACCGAGUCGGAAGAAUCCAGCAGGGAAGGGCAGUUCCAAAGGAAAUUCAGUGCCUACCAAGAACUCCUGUCCGACUGGGAAGACUCCAUUGCCCAAGAGCUGUCUGAAGACGAAGACUCCUUUGGCCAGGAGUUUUCCGACUGGGGAGACUACAUCCCCUCCAUGGUGUCCCGCUGGGAAGACGACAGCGACAGGGAGCUGGCACUGCUGGACUGGGAACACACGACCGUCCACAGCUUGGAGGUCAAGCCCUUGCGGCCGGAGGAGGACGAGUGGGAAGAACUGAGCGUCCUGGAGCUGUCGCAGGGAGAAGGCACGGAACACAGGCUGGCAAUCCUUGCGGCAGAGGGGCUCCCGGUGCCCGUCCCUCGCGAGGCGUGGGCUGAGCGCCGGGCGCCUGCCCCGUGCCCAGCGGGGCCGGUCUGUGCCUGCCCUGCCCAGCUGGAGGCCCAGGCCCCCCGAGGGGCUGCAGCUCCUCCCGCCUUGGACAAGCAGGUGGCACAGGCAGGGACACGGAGCCAGGGCCCUGCCCCAGAGAGCCCCUGCUGCCCCCCCAGCCCCUCCCCUGCCCAGCUGGAGGCCCAGGCCCCCCGAGGGGCUGCAACUCCUCCUGCCUCGGACAAGCAGGUGGCAGAGGCGGGGGCACAGACCCAGGGCCCCAGCAAACGUCCCUGUCGUUUCAGGCGGGCGCUCGGGGCUCUGCGCCGGCUCUUCCACUCCUGCACAAGGGGACAGCCUGAGGAUUAGGCCCCGCUCCAGCGCCGGGCCGGGCCCACACACCUCUGCAAUCCUUCCACAGACAGCGACUCCACCACCGACCUGUGACAUUUACUGCCAAUCUUGACGAGUCCUGCAGGGAACGAGCAAAGACAGGAUCUGCUGCUCCCACAACCUCCCUGCAGGACUGCCACAGCCACGACUAUUCCAAAACAAACA